CGUGACCGCGCACGACGACCCUUUGCCGGCGCUCCCCCGUCACGUGGCCGGCGUGUCCCGUCACGUGGCCGGCGUUCCCAAGGGCUCGCAGCGUCGCACUCGUGCUUCCUGCCCGCACCCCGCGGCCCCGCCCGCGCGCCGGUGUCGCGGGCGCUCGGAGGACGGCGGCCGGCUGCAUCCGCCCCGCAUCCUCAAGCGAGCCGUCGGGCCGCGUCGCCCGCCUCUGCGCCUGCGGCAGACCUGGUGCGCGGUCGGGGAGGCGCGCUCCACCGCGGUCCGCUAAGCUGGUUUGGCUCUCCCUGCGGUUCCUGUAUACGGUCGUGUGACCGUGUCUGGGUUAUCUACGCUCCUGCCGGGCCUCGGUUUCUCCAUCCGUACAAUGGCUCUGUAGAAAACGAUCAUUUCUCUGGCCUGUUCCAAGGACUCGGUACGAGGAUACCAGAGUGUCGAGUAUGGCCCCCGGUCGGUUACGUCUGAGGGAAAAGAUGGUGCGGCUUCCUCCACAGAGUCACAGGUUUGAUCCAGCAGUCGGAUAGAAGUUUCUCCAGCCGAUCGGCAUCCUCCUGCCCUGUCGCACUGAUCCGGAGCAGUUGGGAAUUCAUGGCAGUACCGCUACAUUCCCUCUAGGUGGCGCUGUCACAAAGGACAACGCCGUCUGAGGUUCCUGAACCCCAGAGCUGCAAAAGGCAGGUGUCAGCCUCUUCUAACCUGAUGCAUUUGAGCCAGUUCAGCCUGUGACCUUUUGGCCCUUCUGCCGCCACCACCUCUGUUGAAGCUGACUGUACCUUGCUUAGUUCUUGGCUGUUCAUUCCCUCAGUGAUGUUAGCAGAAGGCAUCCCUUGGCCGAGUUCAACUUCGGAUUUUUAAAGAAGUUCCAUGUUGUUAUUUUAUUUUUGAAGGGGGAGGGCUGGUUUUCUUGUGAUGUGAGCAUCAUGAUCAUUUAGCUACAUACCGUCUUCGUGCACGUGCUCACAAGCGGGAAGCAUACAAUGAUGGGGUAGGCCAAACCUAGCAGUGGUCCCAACUGUCCAGGAGGGUCGAAAGUCCAAGGCCUACAUGGGUAACUUAAUGAGCUUCUGUCUGGGCCGCGUAAGUAAUGAGCAAGAAAAGGCUGGGGAUGUGGUAGGCUGCUUGCCUAGUAUGUGGAAGCCUUGGAUUUGAUACCCUUAUCACGACACAAAAACGAGUAAUGGUAACAGUCUAGUCUACCAAGGACUCCCUGAGCCAGGGAUAUUUCGCAAAUAUUUCUAAUCCUUCCAACAACAUUGCAAGGUCCUAACAUGCAUAUUCUCCGUCUCAUCCUUUGCUUUCCCGAAGAGCAGAACAUAAAGAGGGUAAGAACAUAAAGGACAGUAACCUUAGAAACAGCUCCAACCCACCCCGCGUCCUAAGAGGCCUGACCUACUUGUCUCCCACCCACUCUCGCUCCCUCCCAGACCUACCCAAACCUUGCCAAGUCCUGCCCCAAGUUCGGGGCAUUUGAACUUGUCCACUGAGCAGAGAGAGGGUCGCUUUCUCCUCAUACACCCCCCUCCUAGGCAGGCCCAGCUAAAGAGCAUCCCACUCAGGGACCACCUUUUUUUUCCCUGGGAUCCCGCGCUUCCGCCUCCGGGGCGGAGACUCCUCCCCUCGCAGUCCCAGUUGUGUUCCCUGGAAGAGCCGCCGGAACCGGUACCGGCGAGAAGCCGGGUCCUUCUUGCGUUCUAGGAACCGUUCAGUCCUGGAGGCCGAGAGCCCCACCCGGAAUUCGGCGGCUGCGCGGCUUCAGCACCGCGGACAGCGCUCCGUCUGCAACCCCUAGUGUCUGCGGCGAAGCCGCGCUAUGCUGGCGGCAUGGCCCGGCGCUCCAGCUUUAUGGCGCUGCUGCUCAGCUUCGGCCUUCUCUGGCUGUGUUCAGAGGUUUUGGCUACCGACACAGAGGAGCGGCUAGUGGAGCACCUCCUGGAUCCCUCCCGCUACAACAAGCUAAUCCGUCCAGCCACGAACGGCUCGGAGCUGGUCACUGUUCAGCUCAUGGUGUCCCUGGCCCAGCUUAUCAGUGUGCAUGAACGGGAGCAGAUCAUGACCACCAAUGUCUGGCUGACCCAGGAGUGGGAAGAUUAUCGCCUCACCUGGAAGCCCGAGGACUUCGACAAUAUGAAGAAAGUCCGGCUCCCUUCCAAGCACAUCUGGCUCCCAGAUGUGGUCCUAUACAACAAUGCUGACGGCAUGUACGAGGUGUCCUUCUACUCCAAUGCGGUGGUCUCCUAUGAUGGCAGCAUCUUUUGGCUACCGCCUGCCAUCUACAAAAGCGCGUGCAAGAUUGAGGUGAAGCACUUCCCAUUUGACCAGCAGAAUUGCACGAUGAAGUUCCGCUCAUGGACCUACGACCGCACGGAGAUCGACCUGGUCCUCAAAAGUGACGUGGCCAGCCUGGAUGACUUCACACCCAGUGGGGAGUGGGACAUCAUUGCACUGCCAGGCCGGCGCAACGAGAACCCAGACGACUCCACCUAUGUGGACAUCACCUAUGACUUCAUCAUUCGUCGCAAGCCGCUCUUCUACACAAUCAACCUCAUCAUCCCCUGCGUGCUCAUCACCUCGCUGGCCAUCCUGGUCUUCUACUUGCCCUCGGACUGUGGUGAGAAGAUGACACUUUGCAUCUCUGUGCUGCUGGCGCUCACGGUAUUCCUGCUGCUCAUCUCCAAGAUUGUGCCUCCCACCUCUCUCGAUGUUCCGCUGGUGGGAAAGUACCUCAUGUUCACCAUGGUGCUUGUCACCUUCUCCAUCGUCACUAGCGUGUGUGUGCUCAAUGUACACCACCGCUCGCCCACCACGCACACCAUGGCUCCCUGGGUCAAGGUGAUCUUCCUGGAGAAGUUGCCCACCCUGCUCUUCCUGCAGCAGCCACGCCACCGCUGUGCCCGUCAGCGCCUGCGCCUGAGGAGGCGCCAGCGGGAACGCGAAGGCGCAGGCGCCGUCUUCUUCCGUGAGGGCCCUGCCGCUGACCCAUGCACCUGCUUUGUCAACCCCACGUCAGUGAAGGGCUUGGCUGGGGCUUUGGGGGCUGAGCCCACGCCUGCAGCUGGCCCGGGGCACUCGGUGGGGCCUUGCAGCUGCGGCCUCCGAGAGGCAGUGGACGGCGUACGCUUCAUUGCAGACCACAUGCGAAGUGAGGAUGACGACCAGAGCGUGAGGGAGGACUGGAAAUACGUUGCCAUGGUGAUCGACCGCCUGUUCCUCUGGAUCUUUGUCUUUGUCUGUGUCUUUGGCACCAUCGGCAUGUUCCUGCAGCCUCUCUUCCAGAACUAUACUGCCACCACCUUCCUCCAUCCUGACCACUCAGCUCCCAGCUCCAAGUGAGGCCUCACUUGUCUGCAGCUCCUCCCCGUGACCCCUGCGGUUCAAUAGUACUGGGUGGAAGAUGGCUCCAUCCCCACUCCACUGAAGACCUGUUUCACACACCCACUCACACAUAGCCCUGCAGCCUGGAGGCUGUGCCAGCUGCUCUCCUUCCCCUCCUGAGCUAAUCCAGGCAGUAGUGAUAAUGGUGGGAGCCAAGGCUGGUAAGUAGAAGUCAGAGGAGGAGGGGCCAAGAAAGGGACAGAGUUAUCUAUGGCCUCCAAGUCAUGGGAGAAGAGGAGGUGAGAAGAGGGCUCAGAUCCUCCAGCCAGGCUGACAGUGGAGACCGCUGAGAUAGAUGUGGGGGAGUUCGGCCAAUAGUUGGCACCCGGCCACUUAUGUGGAUAGCAGCUGAUCUGGAAGGAUCACAGUUUCAGGGGGUCCUUCUGAGAGCUUCAGCUGGCCCUACAGCCUCCCGGGGAGCUUCAGCUUAGUCUCUCCAGAGCCCAGCUCCAAGGCCACGGACUGCUGGACAGACACAGGAACACUGUGAACGGCCCCUCAGAGCACUUCCCAGCCAUCAGGGGCGCUCGUGGGCAUCUCUGUUUGGUGGCAGGAGGGACCUCCUCUUACUAGAACAAGAAAUUGCCUAUAGAAGGCCUCCCUCUCCAAACUUCCAGCCCCAGAGAAAGCACCCUGGCAUCAGAAGCAGCAUCUGGAAAGAUGGUGCACCUCUGGAGGGCAGAACCACUGCAGGCUCCAGGCUCAGAGACCCCGCCAGCUGCUGCUGUGCCCACCUUGACUAAAGUAACUGGCUGUCAACUACCUCCUGUAACUGGCUGUUGUGCAAAUUAGUCACCAGCCAGGGCUGGCAAGGUCAGUGAGCAGUUUGUCCGACGCUUCUCCGUGUACUGUUGAACAUAUCAGGCAAACAGUGCCCAUCUUAGAACUUGCUUUCAGCAUCUCUACAGUGGGAAUCGAGGUUGGCAGGGCUGUUAUGGGUGGGAAGGACCCGUGCGGGUGAAGGAUCAUGAGGAAAUGCUGUCCCCACCAUUGGGUGUAAUCUUUUGAAGAAAAGACUGCAACAAGGGAGGGGAGGUAGGAGGCCAUCAUGUGUCAGAGCAAUGUGAGCCCUAAAAGAUACUGGGAGGCUUUGGGGGAAACUCAGUCCCUGCCACUUUGUGGCUUUCUGUCUCUACCCUGGGAGACUCCUUGCCUCCUCCAUGAAGCUGUCUCUGAAGAGAAUCAGGUAACUAGUUUGUUGAGCCUGCAUGGGAAUCUAGGACAGGGUGGCCUGGGAGUGGCAGUGAAGAACGGAGUUGGGGAUUCCCAUCAGUGACCAAGCUCCAGCAAGCUGGCGACCGCCUUGGCCUGGAAACAUGGCCCACAGACUCCCUGCCACUGUGGAGACUUGCCAGUCUGGAGCAGCUGGUGCCAAGGGUGAGGAAAGCCAAAACAAACAGAACACAGGACCCUCCAGAGUUUUCUUUUGUUGUUUUUGGGUUGGAGAUUAAGUGGAAAAGAAGGACUUCCUUGUAAGGAACAAGAACAGUGAGGGACCGGCCACUGUUCCUAUCCUCUGGGACUCUGCCUUUGACAGUCCUGAGGGAAGCAAGCUCCAGAGAGACCAGGAGCAGCAGCAGAACAUGGUUUCAGAGAGCCUGGCACCUGCUCCCUGCCAGUCACCUUGGCCUCCUGGGGAGGAAAGCCAAGGCCUUUAGAGUGACACGGUCCCUAUCUGUUGUCACCCUCUGCUUCCAGGCAGAAAUGGCUGUUGAGCCACUCUUACGUUGGCCAGCUUUCCACUCACUAAACCCAACUGGACAGAACAACGAUCACUUUGUAGUAAUUACCCCAUCAUGUCUGAGAAGUCGGUCAGCGUGCUGUCACGUGCUUCCCAAAGGACUAAAACUUUGGGAACUGGUAGGUUCCUCACCCACCCACAUUCAGUACACUCAUCUCUAUGCCAUCUUGGCAUGUCCCUGUCUCCACUCUCAGUAUGUGCCCACAUCACUUUCCCUAAACCUACGUCCCCACUCCUGCUGCCCACCCCUGUAGCUGGACUCAUUCCUCUUAAAAUUGUUUCUAAAUAGGCCUUGUUACUUUGUUCUGUUUGGGGAGAAGGGCACUAACCCUUCCAGACAAGACUGACACAAGAGAAGGGGAGAACACCAGAGAACCCCCACUCGGGGCCAGGCACUGAAAAGCCAGAACAGACGUCCAGCCAGCCAGUGUUAGCUGUCCCAUUUACCAGAGGAACCAGCAGGGGGCAGGGUGGGCUUGUGUGUCCUCUCCAGCCCUGGCUGACUGACACCCCCCGCCCCCCUGCAGCUCUGGCUUCACCUCUGCCCAAACCCUGGGAUCAGAGUGAAACUGUGGCUGGGCCUCUACCUUCAGCAUAGCCUUCAGCAAACUGUUUCCUGUGUUUCCUACCUUCAGGACUGGGAGCUAGGGAUCCUGUGUGUGCCAAGCAGUACUGCACCCUGAGCUACAUCCUCAGAGGCAUUUGAGACUCUAGGACAGCAAGAGCUGUCACCCUGAACUGCCUUUAAAACUGCUCAAUUCCCGGAGUCCUGCAUCGAAACAGGCGAUAAACGAUACCACAUAAAGUCCUGAUCUAAAGUGUUAUGACCUCGGUCGGCCCAUCGUCUUUCACUCAACGUCCUUGUAUGGUAUCACUGUGGAAGGGCCAAAGAUGGGCCAUGCAGGAAUUCUGGAGAGAGUGACUGUGUAGAAAGAGAGGAGUUUCCUUGACAUUUAAGAGGGAGACUUCAGGGGGCUGGAGAGAUGGCUCAGUGGUUAAGAGCAUUGCCUGCUCUUCCUAAGGUCCUGAGUUCAAUUCCCAGCAACCACAUGGUGGCUCACAACCAUCUGUAAUGAGGUCUGGUGCCCUGUUCUGGCCUGCAGACAUACACACAGACAGAAUA